ACGUGCGCAGCUUUAGACUUCUGGAUCCUCUCCGGCCUGAGACCUGCACGGUGCUUCGGUUUAACGGACAGUUCAUCCAAAUUGCCACCGACUUCGCGAAGGAACAACUUUGCCAAGCCAAAUCAUGAACGUGCUCUACAGCUCAGGGAUCGCGCCGCUCGUGAUCUCAUAGAACAUCAUGUUGAUAUUGUUCUUGCAUUCGGGGAGUCAGAUGAGAUAACGUCUAUAUGGAGGCGGCCGAUCUUUCGCGCUAUGCUCAUAUGGAAUCUUCGCAAUGUCCUUCUGAAAAAAUCAACCUCGCUCUAAAGUCGGAGACGAACGAAGGUCCUUCCUGCGGUACAUCCCGGACACACACCCCAAGUAUCCACCUUCGUUUGAUGGAAGAACCGUGCAGUAUCCCAUGGCCAGCGAAAGCCUAUUCAGGGAUAAAUUCUCUUGGCGCCAGACAGAUGGUGAAUUCCCAUGACAUUGAGC